AUGUCUGGUGCUGCUGCUGCUUCCGCUGCUGGUUAUGAUAGACAUAUUACCAUUUUUUCUCCAGAAGGUCGUCUUUUCCAAGUUGAAUAUGCAUUUAAAGCUACUAAUCAAACAAAUUUAAAUUCUAUGGCCAUCAGAGGCAAAGAAUGCGCCGUUAUAAUAAAUCAAAAGAAAGUUCCAGAUAAAUUAUUGGAUGCAAGUACUGUGUCUUAUAUAUUCCGUAUUUCAAAUCAUAUAGGUAUGGUGGUUAAUGGAGGGAUCCCAGAUGCAAGAAAUGCUGCUUUAAGAGCUAAAGCUGAAGCAGCUGAGUUCCGUUAUAAAUAUGGGUAUGAUAUGCCGGUGGAUGUCUUAGCUAAGAGAAUGGCUAAUCUGGCACAAAUAUACACUCAAAGAGCUUAUAUGAGACCACUUGGUGUGAUAUUAACUUUUAUUUCUUUUGAUGAAGAACUGGGUCCAUCUAUCUAUAAAUGUGAUCCAGCAGGGUAUUAUGUUGGUUAUAAAGCUACUGCUACAGGACCUAAACAACAAGAGAUCACCACUAAUUUGGAGAAUUUCUUUAAGAAAUCCAAAACAGAUUAUUUAAAUGAAGAUGGAUGGGACAAAGUUGUUGAAUUUGGUAUUACACAUUUAAUUGAUUCCUUAGGUACCGAAUUUACUAAAAAUGAUCUUGAAGUUGGUGUUGCAAUUAAAGAUAAAUUUUUUGUUUUAACUCCAAAUGAAAUUGAGGAAAGAUUGAUUGCAAUUGCAGAACAAGAUUGA